AUGGGUUUGAGUUUCUGUUUGAUUGUUCUCUUAGCUUCCUCCAAUCAUAGUGUAACUACGCUUGACAAAGACGCACUUCCCAACUGCAUAGCUCACUGUUCCUUAUCUGACUUCCCCUCCAUCGCCUCAACGGAUAGAACCUUCCGCUCGCUUAUCAAGGACAAGGGUCUGUACAGGCUGAGACAAGCAAAGGGUAUCGUGGAGCAUUGGAUCUACUUCACCGGCAGGGAAAUGGAAUGGGAAGCUUAUGAUCCAAACGGAGACCGUUGGCUACGUGUACCCAAAAUGACACUCAACGAAUGCUUCAUGUGUUCGGAUAAAGAGUCUCUUUCCGUUGGUACAGAGCUUCUUAUGUUCGGUAAGCAAAUGAAUACUCCGAGGUCCAAUGUGAUUUACAAGUAUAGCGUCUUGACCCAUGCGUGGACGUCUGGUAAGCAAAUGAAUACUCCGAGGUGCUUGUUUGGUUCAGCGAGUCUUGGUGAGGUGGCGGUUGUAGCUGGAGGGUGUGAGUAUGACCGGUGUGGGAAGAUAUUGAACUCAGCUGAGAUUUAUAGCUUGGAGAGUGGGGAGUGGACGGCGAUAACGAGCAUGAACAAGGCGAGGAAGAUGUGUUCGAGUGUGUUCAUGGACGGGAGCUUCUAUGUUAUUGGAGGUAUUGGAAAGGGGAGCUCGAAGAUGCUUAUGUGUGGUGAGGUCUAUGAUCUGAAGAAGAAGACAUGGACAUUGAUACCUAACAUGCUACAACAAGGAAGCAACGGAGGAGGAGAUCAGGCAAAGGAGGUUUCCUCUGGUUCUGGGGCGCGGCCGCUUGUAGCUGUGGUGAAAGAUGAGCUCUAUGCUGCGGAUUACGCUCAGCAAGAGGUGAGGAAGUAUGACAAGAGGCGUAAUGUAUGGAACAAAGUUGGGAACUUGCCGGAGAGAGAUUCUUGGAUGAACGGUUGGGGGAUGGCGUUUAGGGCUUGUGGGGAUAAGUUGGUGGUGGUUAGAGGGCCUAGGGGACUUGGAGAAGGAACCAUAGAGAUCAAUGCUUGUGUCCCAAGGGAAGGUAAGUCUCUGCAUUGGAGAGUUCUUGCUUCAAAGCCAUCAGAAAGCUUUGUGUAUAAUUGUGUUGUUAUGGGAUGUUGAGGAAAUACUUGAGCGGCAAGUUAUUGACAAUGACGUGGUGCAACUGAACAAGUUUUAAUAAGGUUUAAAGAACAAUCCUCAUGUUGUCUAACCUCACAACAUUUUAAUUUGAUUCUAAUUAGAGCAUGAACUUUCCUCAUUAAUAAGACUUGAGAGCCCAGUGAUUGACUUGUUUAUUAGGCCUUUUUGUGUUA